AUGCUUCUUGAGCUCUACGACAAGUUCACGACCAGGAUUUCACCAUUCUACGAGGAAGUCAUUAUCAAAGUGAAGAAACGUGUCCGGCAGGGCGAUACCAUUUCGCCCAAGUUUUUCAGUGCCGCUCUCGAAAAUAUCAUGCGUCAUUCGGAAUGGGAAGACUUGGGAGUGAAGGUCGACGGCCGCUUCCUACAUCACCUCCACUUUGCAGACGACAUCGUGCUUAUAACACCCAACAUCGAGCAGGCGAAACGAAUGCUGGCCGAGUUUGAUAGUGCUUGUGGAAGGAUCGACUUGAGACUGAACUUAACGAAGACGAUGUUCAUGAAAAACGGAUUGAAGGGAAUCCGGAUCUCGAGCUCCGUCAACGAACGAAGAUCAGGGAUGCCGAUGAUUACGAUAAGAAAUCGAAAUCAGAUAGCCGGACACAUUAUGCGACCUUGCGGAGAUGGAGUUAGUGGAACGGGAUGAUGAACAUUUUUAUCACUCCGAAGCAGUAACCCCAGGUGCUGCUUCAUCUCGCAUUAUUGACAGCUUAUUAGUGUGUCAGGAUCUGAAGAAAGGAGAUGGAAUCACCUUCCUUAUACAGGCAAACGAUCGUUUAAAUCCUCUUAAAAAGCCGCAUGCAGGUGGAUGGUUGAACACGUGGCAUACUGCCGAAGAGCGAAUGUCGGCAGAUUAUGAAGAUAUAGACGAAAAAGAAAGAAAAACUCGUGGAUGGGACUGGCAGAUGAGACGAGUGUUUUUGAAAAGAGCAGCGCUUCGUGCACUGCUCCGAGGAGUGACAAGCCGAGCGGCGGCAACUCAGAAAAGUUUUGCCGAUGCGUUCUAUAAGUAUACGCUGAUUUGGGAAUGCAGGUUACUAUAUGACUCGUUUUACGGUUUAGCCAACCGCACCUGUGAGGAAGAACCCAGAUGUGUGAUUGGAUCAAAUGCUCUUCAUCAUGUUGCCAGCGAAAUAAUUCGGCUGAAGGUGGUGCCAUCGUAUUUGAUGGAGGACUUUCUUGCAGCAUAUCACGGCUAUGAAAACAAGUACGUUAACCACUGCGAGGAAGUUGAGUCAGUGAAAAACGAUAACAAUGAUCCUCUGCGGUCGUGUGAUAAUAACAGCGACGAUGGACCAAUGACUUCGAGAGAGAAACCUAUUACGUUUGUGGGAAUAUAG